AUGCGUCUGGAAACCUUUUUGCUCCAUAUCUGGUUGCUUCCGCGAGAAGUAUGGGUCGCAGCCGAAGUCGACUCGACUACGGCUGCGACUUUGUCAACGAUGCCGCUACCUCCGCUGGCAACUCUGCCACCAGUCACGCUGGACGGGAAUACAUCCUGUGCUUUCGAUAGCCUACCCGAGCUUGUUAAGCUCGUCGUGGAAGAUUGGGCCGGUUACAAUAUCUCGCUGCUGGUGGACAAAUGCCCAGGGGUGUGUGACCUGAUCUACGGCUCCGGGAACCCCGAUAUAUCCGGCAUAGGUGCCAUGUCCUCGUAUGCUAUUCAGGGCAUUAGCUCCCUCCUAUUUGGACCAAUUCUCGGCAUUCUGGCGCUGUACGCCAGCUCGGAUCCCGAUUCGGAUUCGUUUUUCGCGCUCCCGUCCAGGCUGUGGUGGGUGUCCGAGGCUUUCGCGCCCGUCGCCAGAAGCAUACAAGAGACAAACAUAAUUGUCGCCUUCUCCGUGCUCCUCGCGACGCUUAUACGGGUCCGCCAGGUCUGCCCCGUGGCGGAGCGUGACUUUCUCCAGCAUCUAGUUGGCUACGAGGUCCUAGUAUCCGUUAUUUGCACCUUGUCCUACCUACCAAUGCAUGAGUCGUCGAAGCUGAGAAAGACGGUCCUGUGUUUCUACGUGCUUGGCACCAUUAUCAUGGUCUUCAUCGCCCGCGAUUGGACGAGUCUCAGCGCCGAGCCGUACGCCUCAGCAUAUGAGGCCAUGACCAAGUAUUGUGUUCAGCAGUACGACUGGCCGGUCCCAGAGAUUAGCUUCAUUCCUCCUCCUACGAGCUCCGAGCUGGCCAUACCUGAGGAGAAGCUAGUGGGGCUCAGAACGAUGGAUGUUCUGUUGAUACUGACGCCAAUGUUUCUUCCAAUCUUAUUGCAAAUCUUAUUGCUAAUCUUAUUGCCAAUCUUAUUGCCAAUCAUUUGUGUAGUCUUUAUCUUCGCUGCCGCCGCUGCCGUCGUACCAGUCUUUAUUAUUUGCUGCGCUAUUCAUGUUGGUAUAUGGGUGAUUAGGCGUCUGUUUACUUGUCUGUACGAGGCAGCAUGCCGCGCACUACAUGUCGGUCCUAGAAGACUCGGCGGAGUUCUCAUAGUCGCAGGAGUCACUGCCCUGGGCGCCGCACUGGUCAGGAGCAUCUUUGGGGCAAUGCUGGUCCAGCGUCAGGAACUGCGUGCAGCAAGCGGCAACGCCUAUCAGGACAAUGAGUGGGGUUUUGGGCAGGUUUCUGCUAUCCUCGCGUGGAUCCCCGCGGCUCAAGAAACGCUUCUCGCCGUCUUCGGUACGCUUCCAAAUUUGCCACCUACCUUGACAGAACUAAUCGAGAAUCCCAAGAGGCCAUUCGUAUUUGCCACUACGCACCGCGACUCAGCUAGCAACGAUAAGGGCUCAAUGACUGAACCUUUGAAAGCCCAGAUGUAUCAUUCCCCUGAUAGUGUACCCUUUGGAACAAACUACGGUCGAGAAUUGGGCUGCUGGCAACCGGCUAUUACAUACCAGUCGUUGCAUAAUUUACGGUCUGAAUACGAUUAA